AUGGCAGAUGAGAAAGUGAAAUCAGACCCUUCGGCGCCUACAUCUACGGAAUACAGCGUUAGUGACUUCAACUCUACGACGAAACUAGCCGACUCGCAGAUCAUCAGCGAUGCCGAGUACAAUCCGUUCGAGCAUCGGCAGAUCGAAAAGCCGAACACGACCACCGGCUCACUGAUCCACCUGCUGAAGAGUUCGCUCGGUACGGGUAUUCUGGCCAUGCCGGUGGCGUUCAAAAAUGCCGGCUUGCUAUUCGGUGCCAUCGGAACCGUCGUCAUCGGACUCAUCUGUACCCACUGCGUGCACAUACUGGUCAAGACGUCCCAUAUGGUCUGCCAAAGGACACGGGUACCGGUGCUGGGCUUUGCCGAAACGGCCGAACGCGUCUUCCAGUAUGGGCCACCGAAACUACGACCCCUGGCCGGCUUCUCCAAAGCAUUCGUCGACUACGCACUGAUGGCGACGUACUUCAGUGCGGGCUGCGUGUACAUCGUCUUCAUUGCCACAUCCUUCCACGACGUGAUCAACCACGAAACCGGUAACGAUUGGAGCGUGCGCAUCUACAUCCUGCUGACGAUGCUUCCGAUCCUGCUGAUCGGUCAGAUCCGUGAGCUGAAGUACCUGGUGCCGUUCUCGGCCCUCGCCAACCUGUUCAUCGUGGUCACGUUCGGCAUUACACUGUACUACAUCUUCAAGGAUUCGCUCAACUUCGACGAUAAGCCGAUGUUCGCGUCGUUCGGUACGCUGCCCCUGUUUUUCAGUACGGUUAUCUUCGCCAUGGAAGGUAUUGGUGUAGUGAUGCCAGUGGAAAAUUCGAUGGCUAAGCCGCAGCAUUUCCUCGGCUGCCCUGGAGUGUUGAAUACGGCCAUGGGAACCGUCAUCGUGCUGUACGCCGUCAUCGGUUUCUUCGGUUACGUUCGGUUCGGUGAUGAGUCCAAGGGAAGCAUCACACUCAAUCUUCCGCUUGAGGACACGUUGGCCGUGGUGGCACAGAUCCUGAUCGCGCUCGCCAUCCUGUUCACCUUCGGACUGCAGUUCUACGUUCCGAUGGACAUCCUGUGGCGCAAGAUCCACGACAAAAUACCAAAGAACCGGCACCAGAUCUCCCAGAUCGCGCUGCGUUCCGGCAUCAUGAUCAUAAUGGGUGGCGUUGGACUGGCAGUACCCGAACUCGAGCCCUUCAUCGGCCUGGUAGGAGCGGUGUUCUUCUCCAGCCUCGGACUGUUUGUACCGUGCGUCGUCGAGACCGUGUUCCUGUGGCCGAACGAGCUCGGCAAGUUCCGCUGGGUGCUGAUCAAAAACGUUAUUUUCGGUGCGUUCGCCAUCUUUGCGCUGGUCGCCGGUGCGUAUGUCAGCAUUAAGGAUAUCGUGGAGCUUUACACCGACGACGACGAACACGAGUCCUAGGGCUGGAGUACAGCUGCAGCCAAAAUCAAAAAAUAUUUCCACAGCACAGACGCCACUCGCACAAAAGGUCAUAGUGUGAACGCACCCAGUGUGUAUCUUAAAUUAAGAUACUGUGCGACAAGACCAACGUCUACAUGCACGAUACAUCGGCUUCCUGUAUCGUGACCGCCUCGGAGCACAUUGCAAGAUGUCAUUGCAUUGUUCCGGGAGCUGCCUCAACAUCCUUCCUGAGAGAGUGCUUAGAAAAUAACGGCAAAGGCUAUUAUUUAUAAAUAACACGUGUUUUUAUUUACUACUGUAUAGAACGACUACUUGUUUUUGUGAAGAAUACAUUUGUUGAUAUAGAGAU